AUGGCGGAGGAAUCCCCGGAGAAUUCACCGCCGUCACCUACACCUCCAUCUCCUCCCUCCGACAACAAUCAAGAACAAUCUCCUCCGCCUCCUUCCUCCUCAUCCUCACCACCAGCUCCUCCUUCACCCGAACAACAACAAUCUCCAUCACCUCCUCCACCGCAAGAUUCCUCCUCCUCACCUCCACCGCCUUCACAACAAGACAACAACAACAACAAUAAUGGUGGAAAUAAUGGUAAUAACAACAAUGGUAACAAAAAUGAUGGCAACAAUGGCAAUAACAACAAUGGCAACAACAACAAUGGGAAUAACAAAAAUGACAACAACAACAACAACAACAGAAGCAAUGGCGGAGGAAGCAACAAUCGUUCGCCACCGCCUCCUUCGAGAAACUCUGACAGGAACUCUCCUCCCCCACCGAGAUCGCUGGCUCCGCGUAAAUCAAGCGGUAGUAGUGGCUCCAACUCGUCACGUAACGAUAACACGGGUGCUAUUAUAGGAAUUGCUGCUAGUGCUGGAUUGUUGUUUCUUGUUAUGCUCUUGUUCUGCGUCUGUUGCUGUCGGAAGAAGAAAAAGAAGCAUCAAAUGCCCUACUACGCAGGCAAUGGUUACGCCACCGGUAAAGGUGAUCAAUAUCAACAGCAGCAACAUUACAACAAUCCCCAAAGCGAUCACGUAAUGAAUCUGUCUCAACAAUAUGGUGGAUCAAACAGUAACAAUAACUGGAUGCCUCCACCGCCACCUGGAAGCUGGCAACCAUCCCCACCACCACCACCACCGCACGUCUCAGGCGGGAUGAACAACGGAAACAGCAGCGAAAUGAGCUCAAACUACUCAGGUCCACACGGUCCGUCUCUACCACCACCUCACCCUUCAGUGGCUCUAGGUUUCAACAAGAGCACAUUCACCUACGACGAGCUGGCUGCGGCUACACAAGGCUUCUCUCAAGGAAGAUUGUUAGGGCAAGGCGGGUUCGGGUACGUUCACAAGGGAAUACUCUCCAAUGGGAAAGAGAUUGCGGUCAAGAGUCUUAAAGCGGGAAGUGGACAAGGAGAGCGAGAGUUUCAGGCUGAAGUCGAUAUCAUUAGUCGAGUUCAUCAUCGGUUUCUUGUGUCUCUUGUUGGGUAUUGUAUUGCAGGAGGACAGAGGAUGUUGGUUUACGAGUUCUUGCCUAAUGACACACUUGAGUUCCAUCUCCAUGGUAAAAGUGGUACUGUUCUUGAUUGGCCUACAAGGCUCAGGAUCGCUUUGGGUUCAGCUAAAGGGCUUGCUUACUUACAUGAAGACUGUCAUCCGAGAAUCAUUCAUAGAGACAUUAAAGCUUCAAACAUUCUUCUUGACGAAUCCUUUGAAGCCAAGGUUGCAGACUUCGGGUUAGCGAAGCUAUCUCAGGACAACGUUACACAUGUGUCCACUCGAAUCAUGGGAACUUUCGGGUACUUGGCUCCAGAGUAUGCAUCAAGCGGGAAACUGACAGACAGAUCUGAUGUUUUCUCGUACGGAGUGAUGCUUCUUGAGCUCAUAACCGGACGUCGUCCAGUUGAUCUCACUGGUGAAAUGGAAGACAGUUUGGUCGAUUGGGCAAGACCGUUAUGCUUGAACGCAGCUCAGGACGGUGACUACAGUGAACUGAUAGAUCCACGGCUAGAGAACCAAUACGAGCCUUAUGAGAUGGCACGAAUGGUGGCUUGUGCCGUUGCAGCCGUCAGACACUCAGCUAGACGUAGGCCUAAGAUGAGCCAAAUUGUUCGGGCUCUGGAGGGAGAUGCGUCGCUGGACGAUCUAAACGAAGGAGGGAAACCGGGGAACAGCUCGUUCCUAGGGAGGGGAACGAGCAGCUCGGACUAUGACUCGAGCAGUUACAGUUCGGAUAUGAGGAAGUUUAGGAAAGUGGCGCUUGAUAGCCAAGACUACGGAGCAAGCAGCGAGUACGGCAACACGAGCGAGUAUGGUCAAGACCCGGUAGGAGGAGCUAACAACAACAACAACAAACCAACUCCUAGCCGAGAGCUUUGA